AUGUCCUCUCAAUUUCUGCAGACAGAGCUCUUGAAUUUGAUUCAGGAAUCCAAGAGAAGAAACUCUGAACUGCGUAAUGCGGCCGAAGAGUCCCUUAAUGAAUUGAAGGCAUUGCCUUCUACGUCUGAAGCGCAGAUCUCAGCAGACUUGGUGCGCAAACCUAAGUUUGCGAAUCCAUUCAUCCUCGCGUGCCACAGCCGCCAUGCAAAGCUUGCAGGCAUUGGGGUGGUCUGCCUGCAAAGGCUAGUGGCCUCACGAUCACUGCCAUCUGAGCGGCUGAAAGAUGUUCUUGCUGGACUGAAGGAGACAACGAACAUGAGCCUGGAUAUCCAGCUCAAGAUAUUGCAGUCGUUGCCUUCUUUACUGCAGCACUAUUCCAGUGACCUGGGAGGAGACCUCCUGGUAAGCACUUUGGAGAUAUGUGCUACUCUGCAAGGAAACAAAAUGCUUGCAGUCUCUAGUACUGCCGCAGCCACGUUGCAGCAGCUAAUCGUGUCAACUUUUGACCGUGUUUCAAUUGAAGACAGUCUGACCGGGAAACCAGAGAAUUUUGAUAAAACCACACCAACGACGACUGUUAAAGUCGAUGGGAACCCUGUAAAUGUAGGGUAUUUUGCAUACGAUGCUCUGCGGGUUCUGGACGACCUCUGUCGACUCAUUGAUGGGGAACCUUUGUAUUUCCUUCGAAUCAAGUCCCUCUCCUCAGCGUUUACCCUUGAGCUUAUUGAGAGCAUCCUGAUCAACAGCGGUAAACUUUUCGUUGUUCAUUCCGAGCUAACGCAAGUUUUGCGUGUUCGGCUCAUGCCGAUGAUCGUAAGGUAUCUGUCUGAACGGCAUAGCUUUUCGCAGACCGUUCGAGUCAGUCGCAUCCUCUUAGUGCUCCUCAAACGCCAUAUGUCUCUCCUUCCUGCGGAGUGCGAGAUGGCCCUUGGUCUCUUGACGCAUCUCCUUGAGCCAGACGGAAACUCCCCUUGGAAACGAGUCCUCUGCAUGGAAGUCUUCCGAGGCUUAUAUGCCGAGCCAGGUCUGGUGAGGCUCAUCUAUUCCCUGUACGACAGGGAUGACCGGAGAAAGAAUAUUCUCAAAGACCAUAUGGCCUCUCUUGUCCGCCUAACUUCCGAAAAGCCCUCUUUAAUUGGAGUCAUUGCUGGCGUCAUCGGAACCACCGUUCCAUCAACUGACACUGAUGUACCAGGAAUCAGCAGCCAGUGGAGUGUGGUUCGCACACCGUAUAUGGAGUUGCUUGACAAGGCUGAUCCUCCUACUCCUCCUGAUACAUAUAUCUACAGUCUUGUGCUGAACUGCAUCGGUAGCUUUGCUGAAGGACUCGCAAAGUUCAUACUUCCCUUGACGGUGCCCGACCUUAAGCAAAAACGGAGAAGUCGUGUCAUGAAAUCUCAUCCCCAACUACCCGCAAUACAAAGCUGUGCCGGAAUAAUCGAGACAAGCUGGCCUGCUAUUCUCGCUGCUUGCUCAACUUUCUUAUACGCAUCGCUCGAUGAUGACUUUUACCACAACCUUGUCCGAUCAAUCCAGAAGUUAGCUCAUGUUGCUGGUCUUCUCAGGCUAUCUACGCCCCGCGAUGCUCUUUUGACAACCCUAGGAAAGGCAGCCAUGCCUGCAGACGCAACUGGGACGAGGCCUCCGGGCACUGCAGCGGCUACUACAAUCACUUCGCAGUCUAAUAAACCCGAUGAGAAAUCCAGAGGGUCACAGGCGUCGCUUGCUAGUUCUCCAAUACCGGCUGAGACUUCCAAUGGCCCUUCUGACGUUGCGCUUGUGUCCCUCAGUACCCGGAAUCUCCUGUGCUUGCGGGCGUUGCUCAAUCUGGGCAUAGCCUUAGGUCCUACACUAGACCAGCCGGCCUGGUCGAUAAUACUAGGAACCCUUCAAGACACAGAUUUGGUGAUCGGCAUGGCUUCCACGAAGUCACAAGCCUCAACCAGUACUUCUGGGGAAACUUCAUCUGCAGCUGGUGUCGAUGUGCCUAAAGCUAAUCUCAAUUCUGAAAUAUUGGCUGUGCAGGCAGCGUCGGCUAAAAUGAUAGAAAGUACUAGCGAAUAUCCCAGCGGAUCAUUCCAGGAGAUCUUAACUGCGCUCUUAGAUCUUUCUGGAGAACCCGAAGAAUCGACGCAAGAAUCAGCUGAGGUAACAAGUACCAUUCUCUCACCACAGUCGCGCUCCCAUUUGAUGCGCAAAAACACUCACCGCGUAUCACGCUCUAUGGGAAAAUCGAAAACGCAAGAUGAACUAUUAAAAUUUGUCCUCGAGAAAACAAACGAGCUGGCUCGGGCAAAUCUCGAACGGUUCUCAUCACUAGCCAAUGCUGACCAAGACGCCUGGCAACUUCUUACGGGAAGAUUGAUGUCAAGUGCAGCGGACAGGUCUAAUAUCCAAAAGCUUCGAUUACGAGCCAACGAGGUUCUCAAUGACAUUGUUUUCCAGACACUGAAGCAAUCUGAUACCGGGGAUGUCUCUGAGCGGAAUGCACGGCAAUUGAGAAAUCUCCAGACACUCAAGCUCCAAGUUCAACUGCUCUACGAUUCUGGUGCUUGUUCGGCAGGGUCGCCUUCAGCGCCCGUGGCCGAAGUUCAUGAACAGAGCCUGGAAACACUGAAGAGCAUCCUCGAACAAUAUGCCGAAACUUUCGUCGAUGGAUGGUCCGUCGUUUUUGAUCUUAUAACCAGUGUUUUUGGCGAACCCAACGGCACCGAAAUACCAAAGAAAGGGCGCCAGCCAUCAUCGACAGCAAAUUCGCCUCGACUUGUUCGAGUUGCUUACAAGUCUCUGCAGCUCAUAGCUUCCGAUUUUAUCUCGUUGCUUCCAGGACAGAUCGAGCAAUUUUGCAUCGAGUCGCACGUUGACUCCUCUGUAACUGAAGACACCCUUGCAGGGCUAGCCAAGGGGGAGGAUCCUUCAGUGUCGCGAAACGCGCUGUGGUUAUUGCUCCUUCUACGGAUUGUUGACCUCACGACGGAUAGCCGGCCGGAAAUUCGGAACUGCGCUGUUCAGACACUAUUGCGGAUCUUUGACGCCUAUGGUCAACAACUGUCUCCCAAGGCAUGGCGCUUGUGUCUGAACCGUGUCUUAUUUCGAAUGGUGGAGGAAAUAGAGACCGAGCUCACCUUUACACGAGAGGAGAAUAGCAGUCGCACUCCCGAUGAUCUCAAGGCGUGGACUGAGACCACUGUUGUCAUGAUAAAGGGGGCUUCUGAUCUUAUUACUACUUUCUUCGAGCCAAUCGUUCAAGAUGACCUAUUCGAUCAGUCUUGGGAACGGCUGCUUGAAUAUUUCCGAAAGUUGAUAAGCCUACGGCUUCUUGAAUUCAGCGAGGCUGUAUACUCCAGCCUGUCCAGUAUUCUUCGUCGUGUGCAGGCAUCUUGUAGUCUGAGCACACAGGCCCUGCGUUCUGCUUGGCUACUCUGGGUAGAUGGACACCCGGCCGAUAAGGAAGAUCUACUUGAUCUGGAACACCCUAAUCAAGAUGCGGCAAUAGCAUACCUCCAGUCAUUCCAGCAGAUUUAUCGACUAUACAAGGAUGAUAUUGCUGGAGAGCAGGUGAAAAUCAUCCUCGGACAUUUGCGUCUUCUUGCUUGGAAUUCAAUAUCCCCUCCAUACUCGCCAGAUAUUGAUCGCUUAUCGCGCCUUCAAACCAUGAUCAUGGAGUGCUUGAAAACAUUAUGCCUUGACAAAGACGAUUCUCAACCAGAGAUUCUAUUUUGUCUCGCUGAUUUUGCGGAUGCGCCGUUGUCAAAGUGGAAACCUGCAAAUGACUCAAAGAGACCGACUUAUCUUGCCUUCUCUAAAGCUGCGAUAGAGCUCCUUAGCUGGUACAUCGCUGAGCACGGUAUCAAAAAAGACAUUUUCACGAACGGUUCGCUAGCUACGGCUCUAGAGCAUCUCGCGAACCCCAUUGUCCAAAGGUACGAGUGGUCAGGGAAGGAUCGGGAACCGAGUCUCUGGCGAAAGUCCACAACAGCAUCCUUGAACGUUCUUCAAGUUGCAAUCCCUUACGUGGAGACACAAUAUGGCGAUUCGGAACAUCCUGAAAUCACACAUUUCUGGAAGAGCGUUAACGACAUUGCAAGUGGUAUUGUCACCGCUCGAGGUUAUCGAACCACUUCCGCUCCCCGGGCCACCAUCCUGGAUGACGAGUCCUUUGACGUGGCUGCUUUUGGACGACUCAAGACACUAAUCAUUCCAUCACUCGGAGCAUCCGUGAUCCCGGACUCAAUCCGCCGGGACUUCUCCUGCGCCUUGUUGCACUCGUCCUUCAUCUACCUCCCUCAGCGCUUCGACGUUCCCGCCAACUCCCUCCAAGACCAACCCCUUAAGGACAUCUACGAAAUACGACCUGGAAGGACCUUCGAACCCCCACCCACAAUACGGACCAAAAUGGCCUACGCUGUGAUUGACACACUCUUCGAACUAGCAUCAUCGCCUUCGGACCAAGCAACACAAGCCACUAGCGACAAUACACCCGAACAUCGAAACACCGCUCUCGUCCUCCUUGCACGCUCCAUCACCCCAUACCUUAUCCUCCGUUGUGCCGUAUCCCUGAAAGGCUACAUCGCAGACCAGCCCCUGCGCGGCCUGAUGCCGCAGCCCACGCCCGCGCGCAGAUCCCUUCUACAUCUCCUCCGCGGCAUGGUAGGCCUGCGUAGCGAGCCGUCGGCAAUCCCUCCACCCAAGACAGCGCCGAACGAAUCAGCCACCGCCGAGACUAGUUCGGACUUUGACCGGGAUCACAAAAAGCACCUUGCAUGGAUCUACCCGCUUGUUGUGCGGGCCGUGCAAGUUGCCGGGAAGGAACAGGAUGAUGGUGAAGUUCUGCAUGCUCUCGGGAAGAUUCUGCAGGAGGUUAAUGGUGGUAGUGCUGGUUUUCAUACGAUCGGGCCAUCUAGCAAGCGUUGUUGUCUGUUCCUUUGUUCCUUAUCUGCAUCUGCUCAGGUUCAGCUGUACGACUAG